UUAACUCCAAAAAUAUUUUGCAUCGCUCGCAAGACUCGGCAGCAGACUAUAAAUUCCUAAAGGUUCCCCUCAUUUGCAGUCUCUCGUGUCGCAGGUCUCGUCUUCUAUAAUGGCGAUUUCUACCAACGAUUACAUUCAAGAGAAUGGUGGAAGUGAUUCAGAUUCCAAUUGCACUGACGAUCCUCCCGAUUACUAUCAGCCGAUCUCGGCAGUUGACGAUCAAGAAGACGUUUCCGAUCAAGAGAACUCAACUGAUGAUAAAGGAGACCAUGACCCUGGAACUAGCCAUUUCGAUUCCUUCCGUCCUGGAAACCCUAAUAUCGACCAAUUCUCCAAUGGUUUUGUCAAUGUCCACCGGGCUGAGAACGGGAUUGCGGCUCUACAACUGAACGGAGACGCACAUGGGAGCGAUGAUGAUGAAGAAGAAGAAGAGAGGAUGACAGAGGCUUCUGAUUCGGAGAUAGCGAGGGCUUUCAGGGAAGACGAGAGCCGCCGAAACGCUCCCGUGACGCCAGAGAACGCAAUGAGGAUCAUGGACGCCAUGCGUGGAGUCUCUUUCGGAGGUGUAACACCCGAUUGGGCAAGUCAGGUCCCUGAAGAUCGGUGGGUUGAUCAGCUUCGGAGGUUAAGACAACCACCCUCCACCACUGCCACCACCACUGGAACAACCCAAAACUAAGAACCAUAAGAUCAUCUUUCUUUUUCUUCUAAGGUCGACUUUGUAUUAUUCAGUUCUUUACUUAUGGUAUUAUCAUGUAUACAUUUCCAAAACAAAAACGGGAAUUCUUCUUCGCUGUUGCUGCA